AUGUCUUUAGAUGAAAUGGAUAGAUUUAUCAGUAAUGAUACCGUUUCCCUUUGUGUCAAAUUUGAAAUUCAAGAAUCUAUCAUAGAUGCAUUACCCGAAAUUGUCAAUCCUUUUAAUAAGCUAGUUAACUCUCCAAAAUUUUCUGAUAUAACUUUCCGUGUAACUGAUGAUUAUGGACGAGAUAAGUUAUUUUAUGCUCAUAAGGGAAUUCUUGCUAGUUCAUCACCAGUAUUCGAAGCAAUGUUGACAAAUGGAAUGAGAGAGACUUUUGAAGAUGAAAUUCACUUAAGCCAAACAAAUCAUUCAGCUUUUCUUGCUUUACUCACUUUUAUAUAUACUUUUAAAGUCAAUAACACUUCAUUGAACAAUGCUGAAAAUUUAUUAGCUUUGGCCGAUAAAUUUGCUAUUAUCCCCGUUCGGGAAGAAUGUUUACGUUAUUUCCGCUUGGAAAUGAAUACUGAGAAUGUAUGGGGAAUUUGGGCAAUUGCUGAAAAAUUUUCAUGUGCUAAAACCUCAACUACAUGUCGGGAUUUUGUUGCUCUUAAUCUGGAUACUCUAUUGGAUAAGCAAUCGACACUUUGUGCUGAUCCAAACAUUCUCUGCCUCGCUCUCGAAAAUGAUGAAGCUAAUGUAACUUCUGAAGAAAAGAUUUAUGAACUUGUUGUUCGAUGGGCAAAUUAUUCAUGCACCAAUGAUUCAUCCAGUAAAUUAUCAACUAGAAAAACUUCUUCCAAGAGCAUAAAAGUUGAUGCUUUAUCAUCUACUCCAUCCUCCUCAUCAUCUGCUUCCAUGCUUUCAGAACUUCCAAAAGAUGCCGGUGAUUCCAGUGACAGAUUGGCAGCUCUUCCAUCUUUGCUAAAAUGUGUUCGAUUCCCAGUGAUGCAAAAACGUUAUAUUGUUGAAAAAGUUGAGGGAAAUGCAACUGUUAUGUCCGCCGAAAUUAUGAAAGAUCUU